AUGAUCGUGGCCGAGACCACCGAUUACGGACCGUCUCGGAGGCGAUCGGCUCGCAACCCGACCACAAGCUCCAAAGUGCAAGACAAUCUACGAGCAGACGAAAACGGCUUCAUAGCGGCCAGAAACCCUUCCAAGAACACGAAGCGGACAACAGCAGCCGGAAUAAAGGUUGGAUUAGACGCGAGCAAAAAAACCAGCACGUAUGGAGACGCGUUAUUGGAGACGUUGCAGCGGUUGAGGGCGCAGGUGGCAGAGUUGAACGGGAGAGCGAGGAACAACAAGCGACAAUUCGGGAGUGGAACACCGACAUCAGGGAAGCCAACAGCAGAGCCAAGCGAUGCUUUGCGACCCUCUUCAUUUCCAAACAUCGGCGACACCGACCAGCGAUCCUCCCGAUGGAUUCGCAGCCUCCGACAGGGCUUCGAAGUUUUCGAAGCCGAAGAAGGGAGCAGGGUCGCUGCCAUCAACGCGCUGCUUGACUCUUGCAACGAUGCUUCUGACAAUCAGCCAAGAAAAGUCAGAAUCUUCUACAAAGAGGGAGCUGACUGGACAUACAUCGCCGCGAACCAUACGUUUACAACCGACGAGCUCAAUACUGGGCUUGAGCUUGGCACCGACUCUCGAGAUGUACGUAGGCCAAGCCAGGACGGCAAAGCCACAAUCCACCUGGUUGUUUCGGACGACAACGACCAGGCCACUGACUUGGUCGAGCUACGUGUUGCCCCUGUCCUGAUGCAUCACCACGCGCAAGCUGUGACCAAGGCCUUCACCGUCGUCGCCACGCAUAACAACUCUCAGGUCCAGUUCGUCUCCGAAUGCGUGGGAAAUAUCGCGGACGCGGGUAUUGAAGAGCCUGUGUACUUUUUCAGCGAGCGUAUCGAUCGCAACAUUGAAAUCCUCAAGCGCGAGACAGGCACCGCCGAUGCCGAGAUUUGCCGCGUCCCUUCCCUCUUCUACCCGGGAGGUGGCCCCUCUUCCAUGGCCGUGUCUAUCCUCGAGGCUGCGACGCCCCCGUCUCACAAGAGCCUCGCGCGUCGUCAGACAUCCUUGGGCCCCCGCGUGGUAGCACUGCACCCGGGAACGAUCAAUGAUGUAGUGGUUGCGGACUCUAUGGUCCUGGCGCCGAUUCCUUGGGGCUCAGACAUCAACGGCAAGGAUACCCUGGCCGAUGCCGUCUCUGCCGUCUAUGUAUUCGAAGGCUGGUUUCAACGUCACUUAUCAGAAUGA